AUGGCACCGACAAUCCCAAAGGCUUUGGCUAAACUUUAUGGGUACAUUGACGAGCAUAAAAAAGAGUAUGUUGAUACAUUGAGAGAAGCUGUGGCCAUAAAAUCCGUGUCAUCAUGGCCGGACUCUCGAAGCGAGUGUGUCAAGAUGAUGGAGUGGAUGGAGAAGAAGAUGAAAGCUCUAGGAGCUAGCACUGAGUUGGCAGAUAUCGGUAUGGAAAAAUUGCAUGACGGAAGAGAAAUUCCAUUACCGCCGAUUUUGGUCGGUAGUCUUGGAAAUGAUCGUAGCAAGAAGACCGUUCUUAUUUAUGGACAUCUUGAUGUUCAGCCUGCGUUGGUUGAGGACGGAUGGGAUACCGAGCCGUUUACUUUGAUUGAGAAGGACAAUAAGUUAUUCGGGCGAGGCAGUACUGAUGACAAAGGCCCAGUUUUGUGCUGGUUACAUGCAUUGCAAGCGUACAAAGCUAUUGGGGAAGAAAUUCCGGUUAAUGUAAAGUUUGUCUUUGAAGGAAUGGAAGAGAAUGGUAGCGAAGGCUUAGAUGAAUUUUUAUGGUCACGUAAAGAAUCUUUCCUCAGUGACAUUGAUUACGUAUGUAUUUCUGAUAAUUACUGGCUUGGUACAACGAAACCUUGUAUCACAUACGGAUUGCGUGGACUCGCUUACUUCAAUCUUGAAGUAAGCUGUGCUAAAAGUGAUUUGCACAGCGGAACAUUCGGUGGAACAGUCCACGAAGCAAUGUCUGAUUUGAUUUUCUUGCUAAAUUCGCUGGUCGAUGUAAACGGGCGUAUUCUUAUCGACGGAAUUUACGACAAGGUUGAUAAGAUUACUGAAGCCGAGCUCAAGAGCUAUCAGGACAUUGAAUUUGAUGUCGAUGAGUUCCGAAGUACCGUUGGAACAAAAAAACUCGCUCAUAAUGAAGAUAAGAUACAAUUGUUGAUGCAUCGCUGGCGCUACCCAACUCUCUCGAUCCACGGAAUCGAGGGUGCUUUCAGCGAACCAGGAGCCAAGACUGUCAUCCCGAGGAAAGUUAUCGGCAAAUUCUCAUUGAGAAUUGUGCCUAGUAUGACUCCCGACGAGGUCACUACAAAGGUCAAGGCUCACUUGGAGAAAAUUUGGGCUACCAGAGGCAGUCCCAAUGUUAUGAACAUCCACAUGGGUCACGGUGGUAAACCUUGGACAGAGAAUCCCGAUCAUCCCCACUAUGUAGCGGCUCGUACUGCCACUAAAUAUGUGUAUGGAGUUGAUCCAGAUCUAUCUCGUGAGGGUGGAUCGAUACCUGUGACUCUUACAUUCCAAGAGGUUACCGGUAAAAAUGUUUUACUCCUGCCAGUCGGCUGUGGGGAUGAUGGCGCUCAUUCCCAAAAUGAAAAGCUCAACAUUCGUAAUUACAUCGAAGGGGUAAGAUCUAUUAUUUUCUUC